GGCUGGGCCGCGGGCGGGGGCGCUUUUCGCGAAGAGGGUUGUCUUUGCCUCACGCUGCGGAUGGAGACGGGUUAAAGACACAGGCCGCGGGGGUGGUGGGAAGGCACCAGCGCGCAUGCGCCGCGGAACUCCGUGAAGCGGUUGGGCGGGUUCGAAGAUUUGCGGCGGCGGUUUAGCAAGCGAGGACGGGGCGCGGCUGCCAGAUUCUUCACCUCCAUAAACAUGUCCAAGCAACAGCCUGCUGAAAAGUUUACAAAUCCAGAAACUCCUGGUUAUGUUGGAUUUGCAAACCUUCCAAACCAGGUUCAUCGGAAGUCUGUGAAAAAAGGCUUUGAGUUCACCCUUAUGGUGGUUGGUGAAUCUGGCUUGGGAAAAUCUACUCUAAUAAACAGCCUGUUCUUAACAGAUCUCUAUCCAGAAAGAAUAAUCCCAGGAGCAGCUGAGAAAAUUGAAAGGACUGUGCAGAUUGAAGCUUCAACAGUUGAAAUUGAGGAAAGGGGUGUAAAGCUCCGUCUAACUGUGGUAGAUACACCAGGAUAUGGUGAUGCCAUCAAUUGCCGAGAUUGUUUCAGGACCAUUAUAUCCUAUAUUGAUGAGCAGUUUGAGCGUUACCUUCAUGAUGAGAGUGGUUUGAACAGACGGCAUAUUGUAGACAAUAGAGUUCACUGCUGCUUCUAUUUCAUUUCACCAUUUGGUCAUGGACUUAAGCCCUUGGAUGUUGAGUUCAUGAAAGCCAUACACAACAAAGUGAAUAUUGUGCCUGUAAUUGCAAAAGCCGAUACUCUUACUCUGAAGGAGCGAGAAAGACUGAAGAAAAGAAUUCUGGAUGAAAUUGAAGAACAUAGUAUCAAGAUAUAUCACUUGCCUGAUGCUGAAUCAGAUGAGGAUGAGGACUUUAAAGAACAGACCAGGCUUCUGAAGACCAGCAUUCCAUUUUGUGUAGUGGGAUCCAAUCAGCUGAUUGAGGCCAAAGGCAAAAAGGUUAGAGGUCGCCUCUAUCCUUGGGGAGUUGUUGAAGUGGAGAAUCCAGAGCAUAAUGAUUUCUUGAAGCUAAGAACCAUGCUAAUCACUCACAUGCAGGACCUCCAGGAAGUUACUCAAGAUCUUCACUAUGAAAAUUUCCGUUCUGAAAGACUUAAAAAAGGUGGCAGGAAGGUUGAAGAUGAAGAAGUUAACAAAGACCAAAUCUUGCUGGAAAAGGAAGCUGAACUCCGUCGGAUGCAAGAGAUGAUUGCAAGAAUGCAAGCGCAGAUGCAGAUGCAGAGGCAUGGUGGAGAAGGAGACAGUGAUGGCAUCCAUGGGCACAAAGUUUAAAUUAUUUGAUACCUUCAUGAAUUGGAGCCAUUUGAGACUUGUGACACAGUGGUGUAUUUUGGGAGGAGAGAUGCUUAUCCUGCUGUGACUUGGGAGGUCCAUUCACAUUCAAUGUGCAACUGUAUUGUCAUUUCUGUAAUGCCUCAUUUGAAAACAACUUAAGACAUGGUCAAUAUUUUAAUGUUAUGGUGUAAUGUGAUAGUUUUUUUUUAAAAAAACUUUGGUUACUACUCUUUUACUAAGCUGAUUUUACUACACUGGCUACAAAGAUAUAUAUACUUCCUAGCUAAUAUUUUUCAUCUGACUAUGGAUUACUACCACUAUUUUGGGUUUGUUUUUUGCACUGAAGGAAUCAACUGAUCAUGAUAACAAUCCUGAGGUCCAAAGUCCGCAUAUGAGCUUUGAAUUUCCUCCACAGCCUUCCCUGAUACCCUAGUGUGGCUAAUGUGCACACAGUUUUAAGACUACUUUAAACCACCAUCCCCACAAGUAUCAUAUAGUUAUAAUGCUCACAUGAAGGAUCAGUGCUGGGAGCUUUUGCUGGAGAAGACUGUGACUAAAGCCUUGAGUGAACUUUUGGUCCUUGGGAUGCAGUUCUUUGCAUGUAGCUGUUCCAGUAACAAUGUAAGUGACAAAAUGGAAUUCUUCAGUGCCAUUUUUUCUUAUAUUUAGUAGCAUAUAGAACUCUGUGCCUGUAUCACUCCUGCACUGCCCUACCUUUCUAAGGUUUAUAGUCAUUUUUUCAAGUACAUGAACCUUUUGUGUUUUUAUCUUAAGAAAAACCAAUAUAGUUUUUAAAGGCAUUGUGCAGUUUAGAAAGCGAGUCUUACAAUAUUUCAGGGACUUUGUGUUUAAAGAGGUCAAAUAUUUUUAAAAGUAGCAUGAUAUACAUGAUAUACAUGAUAUACAUAUAUACAUGAUACACAUCCUUUUAGUCUUCACCUUAAGGAACAACAGGAACUCAGGGGUGAAUCUGUAGGUUGUGUGCUGACAUCCUGCUCUUGGUUGCUUUCACACCCCGAUUCUGAUAAUCUGAUAUAUUUCAUGUCCUUAUACUGUAAUUUGACAGAGUGUUAAGGAGAACAGAGGAAAUCUAUUGUUCUUACAUGGGUCUACAGAUAAUGACAGGUCAAGCUGAAGAUGUAUAUACAGAAUAAGCCUGGGACCAGCAAGUUGCAAUAAUUUUGAUUAUUAAAAGUAAAGCAGGGAAAUGCCCCAUGUGAACUUGGUGGCUUAUUUUGACAAUUCUGUAGAAAUAGAUAUUUGCAGUUAAAAAAAUGAAGUGAUCCUACUUAAUCAUUAAAUUGCAUUUUCCCUUUAUUCUAGAGGUAAGAUAAUUGCCCUAAGAAAACAGAUGCUUGUUCUUGAAGCAAGGUUUAUUUACUUGGUUUUUGGUAAUGGUAACAAGAUCUUACUCUCAGCUUAGUUUUUCUUGCUUAUGUGAAGGAACAUUGAAAUUGAAAAAUGUAUGCAAGAGAGGUGCAAAAGGGAAAAAUCUCAUAGUAUGCUACUGGCUUUCUUUAAAAAAAAAAAGGCCUGUUUUGGGCUCUAUUUGACAUACUGCUCAAUUCAGCCAUUGCUAUUGCAGCUUAUAUUGUUACUAAACAGUUCACCCAUUGCCAAAAGGCUGAAUGUGGAUAUUGUCAUGACACCGUUUCUAAUCAUUAUACAGUAUAUACUUUCCCUUUAACUCUGAUCUGUUACGAUGUUAUCUAAACUGUUACUUAAAACUCCACAUAAACAAGUUAAAAUCCCAGAUCAUAAUAAUAGGAUUUGUGAAUAUAAUUUGUAAGAAAAGUAAGAGGAAAUGUAGAAGCCUAGGGCUAAACCCAGAGCAGCCCUUCAUGCAAGGGGCUGUGUGGCAGAGGACUCCACAUAGAGGUGAAGACAUUUUUGCUGAUUUUUCCCCUUCCAUGCCACCCCCUAUGUUCUAGAGCCCCUCCCACCAACUCUUCAAAGUAGAUGUUCAGAUUGUAGGAGGUGGUGAAGGGGGAAUUGGUGCAAAUUGCCACCACCCCUUUCCCCCGACCCUUCCUUUCCCCCUGAAAUUUGUUAGCAGUGCCAUUCAGAGGUCUGGAUCUAACCCAGAAUGUACAGUACAUAUCCUAAGUAGAAGCAACAAAACCUGUUUUAAAAUAUUCUAGGAAACUGUUUUACUAAAAUGUGAUCAUAAUGAAACAAAGUUUAGUUUGGUAUCUCUUUUUUCCUCUUCCAAAGUAGCAACUAAAAUCUCUUUGUGUCCUAUAGAGCAUGGUUGUAUUAUAUGUGCUUACAUAAAUAUUAUUGGGGUUAAAUUAUUCUACUUAUUUUGAACACACUUCGAGGGACUUUAUUUUGCCAAGAACAUGUUCACACAAUAUCUGUGUUUUAUAUAAGAGGUUACUACAAUAAUAAACCAUACAGCACUGAGAUGGUAAUUUUCCAGUAUUAGAAGAGUUGUGAAAAUGUAGUGUGUGCCAAAUAACUAGCAUAAACCUAACAUUUUAUUAUAAAUACAUUUGUUUUCAUUAAAUAAUCUAUGAAAUUCUUCCAGACGUUCAUCUGCAUGUGUUUGUUGGUUACUUUGAUUAGAACCUCAUUACAUAUUAAGGUUUUACCUGUGGAAUUGUAUUUUAAAAUGUCUUGGCUUUUUAUGAUCACUUGUAACCGUCCAAACUGCGAAAUUUUAGUUACUAAAUAGUUAUUAAAAAUUUGUUUGAUUCUUUUUAUUAAAAAUUGAGCAUCUUUAGAGCUGUGACUGUUUUGAAGCGAGCUUAAAAAAUUCAGUCUGCAGAACUUCAGAACCCAUUUCUUUAAGAAAAGUAACAGUUACAAUUUUACAAGUAUAUUAAUACACUUUUUAUUGAUUUUUCUAAAAUAUUUGAAUAUUCAAAGGGCUAAUUUUUGUAUGACAAUAUUAACAUAUAAUUUUUCCUGUACUCUUUAACACUAGCCAAGACUAUUAAUAAAAAUAAUAAACCAUAA